AUGGCUUGCUCGUCUCAGGUUCCGAAUGUCAGUGGCAGUGCGAUCAAAGUGAAGCCCGGUGUUGACAUUUGGAAUCCCAAUGUGUCAGUGGAGCAGCUUUUUGAAGGAGAAGUCAAAGGCCGACUUCUACUCGACAAGCUGUUUGAGUUGUACCAGGUUGGUGAAGGAAGGAAAACAUUGCGCUUCUUCAAGGACGGCACUGAAAACAAUCACAACAUCCCAUUCAGUGAGAAGCCCAAAAACUUGGCUCGCCAUAUGGAGUACAAUCCCAGACACCAAGCAGGGGUCAAGAUGCAGUACGUGAAAAGUGUGAAAGCUCGGGGAAUUGUGGAAUCAGUUCGUGGUGAAUGCUGGGCCAUUGCUCCUGCCGAAAACGAUGGUCGACCCGCUCCAUACCUCCUACUAUCAUGUGCGUCCCUGGUGGAAGCAUACUACACGGCGAUCGCUGAGGAGCCCAACAACGAGAACCUGAUUGCGACUGCCAAAAAAGGCAUGGAAGCGAGGGUGCUGUCGAUUCGCACGCCAGCAUCGGUCUGUCGUUAUCUGACGACUCUCCACAAUCAGUUCCACCACGGCGCCAGCACAAAUUUCUUGGAGCUCAUUCGCAUCGUUGACACGGCACUUGCAGUCUGGAAGCACAACCAGGGGCUCACAUGGAAGGUGGAGAACUAUGAGUCCAAAUGUGCAAACUAUGUGAAGACCCACCCUGAGUUUGGGGAGGUUUUUCCUGAUUGGAGGCUUUUUGAAGGUGCACGUGGGUGUCACCAAGUCCUUGUUACGAAACGUGGUCAAAGCUUCUUCGACAACAUGUGGGACGAGUUUGGACAGACUGUUGACUUCAUGCAUGGUCGACUGGCCAACACGGUGGUGCUUCAGUGCAUGCAACAUGUAGCAACGUCGAUCAUUCAGACGAUCUAUGACGGCAUGUCUGAGUCCGACGUGAAUCUACUACUCAUGGAAUGCUUGCGGCUGUGUGUUCCACAACUGGGGGAUGAUGAUGACAGGGCUUGGGUGUUUGACUCUGUGCCGAAGAAACAAUUGGUUCACCGAUUGUUUACAGCAAUGAAUGGAUCCGUGACAGCUGUUGGGGGCAAGACCGAUGGAGCCACCAACACCCGAAAGCGAAAGGCUUCUGGUAAUGCACCCAAGGCCAAGGCCAAAGCCAGGAGAACCCCUGCAGGAUCAGCUGCACAGGGCGCUGGGGCAAAUGAGCCCGACGUGAACAUUCCAAGCGAUCCCCGGUUGAAUGUUACUACCAUUGACUGCCAAUACGGUGUGCGCAACAAACUCUGGCUCGAUGACCUCAUGCAGUGCGCGUCACACACUGUCAGCAGCCUCCAGUCGCAGUUUGGCAACUUUCUUGAUGCAGAGACACUCGACAAGACCAAGGUCGGCAUCAUUCGUUUGGGGUUACGUUUUGCCUUCUGUGGAGACGUCACCGUGACAACCAAGAAGGGCACCAAGAAGUAUUCCAAGUGGUCACUCCUUCGACCUGCUUUGCAAGCUCAUGGCGUAUAUCUUGUGACACAGGUGCUGAAGCAGCACAUGGCCGAAAUCAUCCAAACGGGUGCAAGCGACUCUCAUCAAGACCAUGCUCAGUUACAAGAGUUGACUUCUGACCCGGCAGUCAUGUUCAGCGACAAGACGGUGUCCAUGAACGACAAGCUCAUCAGGUUUGCGGCUGCCUUGGACGGUUGGUUCAGAAAUGAGCCAACAAAGAUCUUGUCAACACCACAGCCUUUGAGGGUUUCAGAUCAUGCUUCCUUUGGCCAGCUGAAGGCAACACUGCUGACUUCUUGCACAUGUAGUGCGACCACAGGUGCUGCAACAUCACAAGCGCAGUCAGCUUGCAUGUUUCAUUGCUCUGACCCGGACCUCAAGGAUGUGCUGUAUCAAGUGUGUCGAUGUGUGCAUUCUACCUUCUCUGAUUCGUGGGCAUGCUUUGUGAACAUAUUCCUCGAAUCUUGUAUUUCAGGUUGGGCUGCUCCAACAGGACUUGAGCAAUACCAGCUUGAGGCCAAGCAUGCAAGGCCUCUUUCAUCUAUGCGAGCAACAUACAUGAUCCAGCUGCUGGUGGACCUGUGUGCAAAGACCGCCAAAAGCACAACGUGGGCAAACCUGUUCGCUCGUCUUGAUGAAAGAGAGACACAGUCAUCCUUGGUGACUCUGGACUCAUGCUCCAUCAACGGAUUGCAAGAGUUCUGCUCUAUGUGGAGUGAAGCUCUUGAAUGUCUAGCCCGAUCAUCAGCAGCAAACCCCGUGGACCUGCCAGCAAUCCUCGCCAAAGCAGAAGUGAAACCAAUGACAAAGGAGGCAAUCAAACUUUCCGGCAAGACAAGUUCCACCAAUCCUGAUGAUGCGGCGGCAGAAGACAACGCGGAAUCUCCAAGUGUGUUUUCUGUGAAGGAGCUUGCUGAAUUUGGCCAGAGUGAUCUAGUACCGGCCGCAGAUCAACUGUUUCAACUUCGCUGGAUGAUUUCAGCAAAGCUCAUUGAAGCAGCAAGGACAACCACCGAUGCAAACUGGGACAAGCUGUCACUGAACAUCACGACGAGUGAAUCCAAGGGAAAAUCAACUGAUGCGGCGAGCCUUGAUGUUGAGAUUCUCUACCAGCUCACAGCUGCUGAUGAAAUCAUGGUCAGUCCGGUCGACGAGAAUGUGCGAUACUGGAAAGCCACCAACUUGACUUUGGUCUUCUUUGGUGACAUCGGUGAGUACAUUGAUGAGAAUGCGAGCGGACCUGCGGGAAAGGCGGUUGCGCCACGAUGCCCGCAGAAACCGGUCACAUACCACGUCCUUGUGCCAAACGAAAGUGGCUUUUGCUAUGUGAAGCGUAUCGGCGACACAGAGUAUGCAAUGCUACGUCGAGGUCUCUUGCCAGGCGAAUGCUUCAAGACAAAGAAAAGCAAGGCAGCGGGGUCAGCAGCAGCACCAAAAGCGGAGCCCAAGUUGAACACCAUCGGACCCCUGGCCUGCUUCCAUCGUAAGAACUCUUCAGACACGACGCAAGGUGAGCAUUGCUCACCGCUUUUACUUAAGACCGCCAAAGAUUGUAGGCACUUAGUCAAAUGA